CCAUCGUCUUCUACGUGGGUCCCAUCAUUCCAGAUCUAUUAUUGACCCAACACAACUUACCAUUUUCCAAAUCACCAAAUCUGAAUAUCUCAAUCAACACUUUCUCGCUUCGAUCUUCUGUUUCUUCCUACAACCUCUAUACGUUUUCUCAAUCCUACAGUUUAAUAUGCAGGCGUCACGGGCAAGGCUUUUCAAGGAGUACAAAGAGGUGCAACGAGAGAAGACGGCCGAUCCUGAUAUUCAACUGGUUUGUGAUGAUUCUAACAUUUUUAAGUGGACUGCUCUUAUCAAGGGACCCUCAGAGACUCCUUUCGAGGGUGGUAUCUUCCAGCUUGCAUUUUCUGUUCCAGAGCAUUAUCCUCUACAACCGCCUCAAGUCCGGUUUUUGACUAAAAUAUUUCACCCGAAUGUGCAUUUUAAGACGGGAGAGAUUUGCCUAGAUAUCUUGAAAACUGCUUGGAGCCCUGCUUGGACUUUGCAGUCUGUCUGUAGGGCUAUAAUUGCUUUGAUGGCUCAUCCAGAACCUGACAGCCCACUGAAUUGUGAUUCAGGUAAUCUUCUGCGUUCAGGUGAUGUUAGAGGGUACCGGUCCAUGGCAAGAAUGUACACGAGGCUUGCAGCAAUGCCAAAGAAAGGCUGAUUGAUUUCUGAUAACUUCUGUUCUCUAGUUAAUAAGUUAGCAGUUAAUGUAGAAGUUCUUUGUUCAAAUCUUAAUUUGUUUAAAGUGUAUACAUUUUAUUUAAGACAUGAUUUUUGUUGUUUUAAGAUAUGUAUUACUGUGGUGACUUGUACAAAGUGUCAAUGUGACUUCAUGUAUGUAUCUAGACUUGAGCCGAACAAUUAACAUGCUUGAAUAAUCCUUGAUUGCUUCAA